CUGGACGUGUGUGUGUAAGAGAGAGAGAGAGAGAGAGAGAGAGACACACGGAAGAUACUAGAAAGGGACAGCGGAUAAAUGCGGACGCAAAUAUAAAUCCAGGUUGUCCGUAUGGACGGGUUUAGAGACAGCUAACCAGGGAGAGUGAUCUGUUGGUGAGCGGUAAAGGUUUAGACCUCAUCACUGUGAACAGCCAGUCUUCUUUAUCCAAGCAUAAGAGAUUACAGUCUAGAAAUCCACACAAGCAACAGAGCCAGUCAUGGGCACUCAUGAAUCUGAGGUGUACACGGUGGCGCCGGAGAUGCCGGCCAUGUUCGAUGGGAUGAAGCUGGCAGCCGUCGCCACCGUGCUUUAUAUCAUUGUCCGGUGCCUGAAUCUGAAAAGUCCCACAGCGCCCCCGGACAUCACGUACCAGGACACACCGCUCAGCCGCUUCCUGCUUAAAUCCUGCCCCCUUCUGACCAAAGAAUACAUUCCUCCGCUUUUGUGGGGAAAAAGUGGCCAUUUACAGACUGCUCUGUAUGGAAAGCUGGGCCGCGUGAGUUCACCACACCCAACUGGCCUGCGCAAGUAUCUGCCCAUGCAGGAUGGCGCCACGGCAACCUUUGAUCUCUUCGAACCUCUGGCGGAUCAUCAGAGCGGAGCGGACGUCACCAUGGUUAUCUGCCCGGGUAUCGGGAACCACAGCGAGAAGCACUACAUCCGCACCUUUGUGGAUUACUCGCAGAAGCAAGGCUACCGCUGCGCCGUUCUCAACCACCUCGGGGCCUUGCCCAACAUCGAGCUGACCUCACCCCGGAUGUUCACCUACGGCUGUACAUGGGAAUUUGCAGCCAUGGUGGGUUACAUAAAGAAGACCUACCCUCAGAGCCAGCUCAUCGUGGUGGGCUUCAGUCUCGGUGGCAACAUCGUCUGCAAGUUCCUGGGGGAGAACCAUGCCAAUCAGGAGCGUGUGCUGUGCUGCGUGAGCAUGUGCCAGGGCUACAGUGCACUGAGGGCCCAGGAGACCUUUCUGCAGUGGGACCAGUGCCGGCGCUUCUAUAACUUCCUCAUGGCUGACAACAUGAAGAAGAUAAUUCUGUCCCACAGGGACAGUCUGUUUGGAGGAGGCUCUCCUAAGAUGGUGGACGCAGAUCUGAGACGCCUUUACACUGCCACCUCUCUUAUGCAGAUCGAUGACAAUGUCAUGAGAAAAUUCCAUGGACACGAUUCCUUAAAAGAGUACUAUGAGAAGGAGAGCUGUGUGCACUACAUUCACAAUGUGAACGUUCCCCUCUUGUUGGUAAACUCCGCUGAUGACCCUCUCGUACACCAGUCUCUUCUCACCAUCCCGCGCACACUCGCAGAAAAGAAGGAGAAUGUGAUCUUCGCCCUGACGCUGCAUGGCGGCCACCUGGGCUUCUUCGAGGGGGCCGUUCUCUUUCCACAGCCUCUCACCUGGAUGGAUAAGGUCAUCGUGGGGUACGCCAAUGCCAUCUGCCAAUGGCAGAAGCAGAAGCCAGCAUGCCAAAGCCAGGAUGCCCAAGCCUCAGGGGGCACAUGCUUGAACACUACGUCCUAAUCUUUGACCUCUGCCCUCUGUCAAUUCAUGCCCAUUCACCACCAAACCACUCAGACUUUUCUGACUGAUCCCAUCUUAGACAUAAAAAAAAGCAUCUUUAUAACCGGUGGUAGAGAAAAUGUUUCAUAUUUCGGGGAUCGCUCACAUGUAUACGGGCACAUAGACGUUACAGAGGAUGACGUGGGCAGCGUUAUGCGUAUACCAUAUUUUCUGGACUUAAAGUUGCUCUGACUUAAUACAGUGACGCACAUAUAUAUUUUGCUUCAGGCUAAAUAUACAUACGUUUAUUUGUGUUUUUAUGGGAAGAAAACUUAGUUUAGCACCAACAUAACGGAAAUGAGCAUUUAAAAGCUUUCAGCUUCUUCAGUGUGUGGCGUUUUGGGGAAAACUCUUCACAUGGUGAAAUUUUGACCUUCCGUACUAUAUAUAGUUCUGAAAACUACAGACUUCCCUGAACUACACAUGCAUUUCAUUUUAAAAUCAGGUUACCCCAAAAUAGAAAAAUUGCAUUUAGUGAUCCAAUACAGUCUAUGGUGUAGGAACAUCAGACAUUUUGACAACCACUAUCUGAAUACAAAUUGAAUUGAAUAGGCUCAAGUCCAUUUUGCUAACUCUCACUUACCUAGCAAGAUUUAAGACGUCUUUCGAAAGACUUGGCUGUUUUUACCACAGCAUUUGUUAAACACACAGCGACAUCUGAAGGGCUUUGCCAGACCACCACACAUUUUAUGACUUCUUGAUAAGGAUGAUCUUACAGACAGGACCGAUUUAGCUAGAUUACACUGAUGGCGUCUCUAAAGUGCCAUUUUGGAGGCAGUAAAAACACAGACUCGCAUCUUACGCUCUGAAGCAACUUCUUGUCUGGAAAAUAUGGUACACGUCAUCGUAUAGUUUAAAUACGUCAAUAAAUGCACUCUCCCUGGCGUGUGUAAAAGAAGUUAGCUUGAAGCUGCUCGAGUGGAAAGACUUCAGCACAAACAGCUACUGUAGACCGACACCGCACUACCACACUGUAAAUAACACCGAGGGAACGGGCCGUUAUGCAGGCACUGUGUGCUUAUAGCGAGGGCAGGCGUGCUGCUGAUGCCUCUUCUGUGCUGUUAAACCUGCUCCAUGGUCUGUCGAUGUUUCGAAUAGACCCAGUCAGCACUUGUGUUAUUCAUUAUUAAACUGUAUUAUUCAUUCUGGUGGGAGAAAAAAGGACUCUUAACAUGAGUCUGCACAGUUUAAAGGCUCUUUUUCUUUUUUUUUUUUUAAAAAAAGCACUUUAUAUUAUUUUUGCUAUAAUAUUCAAUGGGUAGAGGAAUGUUGAGGUUGUAAGCAGAGACUAGAUCAUACAAUGCAAACAAACAAAAAAGAGGGAGAGAUGUCCAAACUCUUUAGCUCAAUGACUCUAUGAUCCCUCCUAUUCACCAAAGCCUGACAAUCAUCAGAAGCGUUCUGUCAGAUCUUGAAGCUUUGCUGUGAUGAUGUUAGGAAUGCAGGGGGGUUGGUUGGAGUUAAGAUCAGAGUAGGAGAUCCAGCAGGAGACCGUUCAUGUCCAUGAAAGCUGGCUCAUUGCAGACAUGCAUUUAAUUUUUCAUUUGUGCUUCAUGACCAGGUUUUUACCAUUGUGUUUUGUUGUGAUUUGUAAAGGGAACAAUCUGAACCUCAAGCAAAUUACUGAAAGGGUGACUUCUUGUUCCAGUUCUCUAGAGUAACUGUAUGUUCUUGAAUGGUUGGAAUAGAUUGGAAGCAGGAAAAAAAUCGCAUCUAGUUUAAAGCAAAGGUGGAGUGGGGGAGCAUUUCCAAUCUCAUCAUUUUUAAAGAAUUAGUUUAACUGAAAUUAAGAUUUGCACAAUUUUCCUUAAAUCCCAAAUGUAGACCAUGGUGUGUUUUAGUGUCUAAAGCUCACUUCAUUAGUUUUGUGAUGGAGCUAUGAUACUACUGUUGCUAACAAGUAAGCGAUGGGGGCUUCUGGCUAGCAGUACAACAUUGUGCAUGUCUAUUCCAUGUCGAGUGUUUCACAGCUCCAGGGUCUUCGGCGAUUCCCAGGGUCCAUGUUGUUGUGUUUUUUUUGUUUUUUCUUCUCCAGUUUCCUCCCAUAAACAAUUUGGUUACUCUAAAUUGCCCCUAGGUGUGAAUGAGUCUGUGAAUGCGAGAGCUCGUGUCCGUGUCUACGUCCAUGUCCCCACCGGAUCCACCAUGACCCUGACCAGAAUAAAAAUAUCCAAAUCCUCAGACACUUACCUUAAAAGAUCAUUUGGCUAAAGUACCUGUUUAAGUUUACUUUAUUGUACUUUAAGUUUCCAAUUUAAUUUGAACUGUUAUCAUCUCAUGCUUGCAUAGAAAGAAUCCUACCUUUGUGCUGAGGAAGAAAAGUGAAGAGAAUUAUAUCUGCUGCUUUUAGCUCUGCGGUAGACAGCGCAUAACCACGUCUGUCUGAGAUACCAAACAACUCGACAUGGUUUCAGUCCUGCUUGCACAAUGAGAAACUGCUAGCUGUAAGUUUCCAUUAGUUGUCAGUGAUUAUAUUUAUCGAGUGCAAUUGGAUGUUGGAUAUUACUGGAGAUUGAUGUUUGAGAAAACAGUGUCAUUUUGUGAUUACUCUCGGGCUUGUAUUUCUCCCUCUCUGUGUCAGGCUUGUAGUUAGGAUGAGAGGAGUGGUCCAUUGUUCUGAUAGAGGGUUAGUUCUCCAGUCAGUAGAGCACAGACACCACCUGCUGGUCUUCUGGUGUGUGGUGGUUUGUUUUUUUGCCUUGGUGAAUCUCCAUAUACACCAAAAGUCCUGUGUUUUCUAGUAUUAAUAUGUGGUUUGGACGUUCUGCUCAAAUCUCAUGCAGUAUACACUGUUUAUUCAUCUGAAGAAAAAAAAUGCUUCUGAUCACUCUUCUCUCAGAUCUUAUAUUAGGAGGAUCUUGGUCAGGGUUAAUCAGUUUGUUCAUUCAGUAUUGAAGUACACCAAGAGAUCUGAGCUAUCAGAGAACACCAGCAUCACUCUAGUCACCAUCAAAUGAUGCACAGCCUUCUGCCUUUCUGAAUGUUUCUGAGCUCUUUUUUUGCACAAGAAAUGCAGGCUUUAGAUUUAGACACUUUUUUGAUUUUCAGUGUAUUAUAUUUGUCUCUUUUGCUGUUGGUUAUUUGUUCGUUUGUUUUGGAAUUUGAUGUACAUGAAUGACCGUUGGUGUGUGUUGAUCAUCAGCACGUUCGAUGCUGAAAACCAAAACCGGGGGGUGUGUAAAGAAACACGGCGAACAUAGAUUCUGUAGUUUAUGUAACAGUGUUUUAUUUUCAUCAGCAAUAAUGUCUGAGGUUUGUUUUUUCUGUCAUGCCAAACUGAGCGGCCUAGUCCAGAAAACUAAGAAGCGUGUCAAAUUCGGAGUGUAAAAUAACAUUCCUGCUGUUUUCAGCAAUCAUUAAUAGCAUCGGAAGAGCGUUUGUUGUUUUAAUAUUUGAUCAUAUUUAUCAAUCCACUUGCAUCCCCACUGACCCACUGACUAUUCGCUACACUUUCAGUGCAAGAUCAUUUCCUGACUUUAUGCAGUAAAAUUUGAUUACUAGAUUUAUACAGCUGAUAACAAUGUGUUCACAGUGCCGUGUGUUUGAUGGGUUGUUUGUACCCAUGACUAUACCAUAUUCCACCUUCAUUGACCAUAACACUUCAACCUAGUUGUGUGUGGGUGUGUUUUUUAUUAUUACUAUUUUUUUUAAACAUUUUUUUUUUGCGGGGGGACAACAGUGUGUGAUUGAAUAAUUGGAUUAAAUAUAGUUCAUGUGUUUAAAAUAAAUUAUUUUCUUGUAUAAAUA